AUGUCAUUAAAAGCUGGAGAUCAUCUCUGUAUCGGAUUGGUGCGUUGUCACAAUCUGCAGGCUGCUGAUUUGAACGGUUUCAGUGAUCCAUAUGUGAUCAUUUCUACUUCUUCACAACAACACCAACGUACAGAAAUAAUUAAAAAAACAUUGAAUCCGGUGUAUGAUGAACGAUUUUCAUUUCUUGUUGACAAGGAUAUUCCCGAGAUGGAAAUUAAUUUCAAAGUAAUGGAUUGGGAUCGGUUAACAGCAGAUGAUUUUCUUGGAAGUGCAAAAAUUAGCAUCAAUGAUUCCAAAUAUCCCGUCGGUCACGUUCAUACCGAAGAGCUCACUCUCGAAAAAACAAAAUCAGGUACUCUCACUAUCACUAUUCAUAUUGUAAGAGGAACUCAAUUGGAGAAGGUUGUACCAAGCGAGCAUGUGGAAUCAUCAAAAUUCAAAUUAUUAAGCGGUUAUUUUGGUCCUACUUUUGCACCAUGCAUUCCUGAAUGUUUCAAAAUGAUAUCGAACAAAAUUUCAUCCACUCAUGCGCUUGCGAACUUUACCAAUGACGAUCAAACUGAAAAUAUUACCAUUAGCUAUAAUUAUGAUUUGAAAGAAUUAGGAUUUGAUGAAUCAAGAGAAGUUUUCAUGUCAACCAUGAUGAAAAUGCAAGAAUCCAUGUCUAAUCGAUUUGCUAAAGGUACCUACAAGGUUUUUGAAAAUGGAAAACAAGUGAACUUGCUGGAAAAGUUUGGUAUUGAGGGAGAAACUAAAUUUCAGCAAGUCAAUGAAUAUCAUUGGCAAUUCACCAAUACUCAAAUCAAGCUUGUGAAAGUAUGGACAUUUGUUUGUAAACCUUUGACUAAUCCAGAUGGCAUGGUGACUUUUAUUUAUUAUUCGGAUGAUCAUAGCGAAUCUUCUCAUCCACUCAAAGAAUGUGCCCUUAAAACAGUUGUAAAAUAG